AUGUCAUAUUCCAAUGCAACCGACUUCACCAACCCCUCCACCUUCAUCUUGCUGGGUAUCCCUGGCCUGGAGGCAGCCUAUGUCUGGAUCUCCAUCCCCUUCUGCAUCAUGUACAUCAUAGCCCUCAUGGGGAAUGUGACCAUCCUUUUCAUUGUGAAGACGGAACCGAGCCUCCAUGAGCCCAUGUACUAUUUCCUCUCCAUGCUGGCCGUCACCGACCUGGUCCUGGUGACGUCCAUCCUGCCCAAAAUGCUGAGCAUCUUCUGGUUCAAUUCCAGGGAGAUCGAUUUCAGCGCCUGCCUCACCCAGAUGUAUGUGGUUCAUGGCUUCUUUAUGGUUGAGUCUGGGAUAUUCAUGGCCAUGGCAUUGGAUCGCUACGUGGCCAUCUGCCAUCCCCUGAGACAUUCCACCAUCCUUACAAACCACGUGGUGGCUAAGCUCGGUCUGGCCAUGCUGCUGCGUGGCAGCAUAAUCGCCCUGCCUUAUAUCCUGCUGGCCAGGCAGUGGCCUUAUUGCAGAACCAACAUCAUUCCCCACACACACUGCAAGCAUUUCGCUGUGGUGAGCUUGGCCUGCGCUGACAUCCGUGCCAGUAGCUACUACGGCCUCUUUGUGCUAUUCUUUGCGACCGGUCUGGACGUGGUUUUUAUUGUUCUGUCCUAUACCCAGAUCCUCCGGGCCAUCUUCAAACUCCCCAGCAAGGACGCCCGGCUCAAAACUUUUGGGACCUGCGGCACCCACCUAUGUGCUAUGUUGGCCAUUUACAUCCCACGUCUCUUCUCCUCACUUGCAUCCCGCUUUGGAGAGAACAUGCCCCUGUAUUUUCAUAUUCUCAGCGCCGACAUGUAUCUCCUGCUGCCCCCCACGCUGAACCCCAUCAUCUACGGGGUGAAGACCAAGCAGAUAUGGGACAGGCUGCUUCGGCUCUUCAGCCUUUGUAGGGGAAAGUUUUCUCCUGGUGCUGUGGCUCUCAGGCAGAGCUGA